AAUCCUCACUCGUCAUCGCCACCCUGACGUUCACUCUCUCUCUCUCUCACACACACACACACACACCAUUAAGCCCAAGUGUUCAUCACUUUCCCUCUCUAGAAACAGGGGAGGUUUCUUGAAACCAGAGGAUGAACUGAUUCCACUCUGAUCCUCACUCUGUUGCUCUUUUUGUUUUUUUGGCUGUCGGAGGGGGACAAGACCACUGACAUGGCGAGGAGCUGGCCGAUCCUGUCGCAUCAAUUUCCCUCCAGGACGAAGAGGGCCAACCUCUUCUACGUCACCGCCGUCGCCAUCCUCUGCGUCCUCUUCUACUUCCUUGGCCUCUGGCAGCUCUCCGGCCCCGCCCUCCUCUUCCCCACAAAGGGCAUCUCCGCCUCCUCCCGCUGCGUCCCCGGCCAGCUGGAUGCACGCAACAGCACCGCCAGCGGACGCGGUCCUAUCGUCCUCGACUUCGCAGCCCACCACGGGGCAGGGGACCUCGUUCCCACGGAGGUCCUCGUGCCCCGCUUCCCGCCCUGCCCCUCCAACUUCUCCGAGUACACCCCCUGCGAGGACGCCCAGCGGUCGCUCAAGUUCGACAGGGACAGGUUGAUAUACCGAGAGAGACACUGCCCCGAGGAGUACGAGAAGCUGACAUGCCGGAUCCCAGCGCCAUAUGGGUACAAGGUACCGUUCCGAUGGCCGCAUAGCCGGGGCAGGGCGUGGUUCGCCAAUGUGCCUCAUAAGGAGCUGACUGUGGAGAAGAAGAAUCAGAACUGGGUCCAUUUCAAGGGGAACGAGUUCAUAUUCCCGGGCGGCGGGACCAUGUUUCCUCGCGGAGCUGAUGCCUACAUCGACAGCAUCGGGAAGCUGAUAAAUCUCAGGGACGGGUCCAUACGAACUGCCAUCGACACCGGUUGUGGGGUGGCGAGUUGGGGAGCGUACCUAAUGUCAAGAAACAUCCAAACGAUGUCGUUUGCGCCGAGGGACACCCAUGAAGCCCAGGUCCAGUUUGCCUUGGAAAGAGGGGUACCUGCCCUUCUCGGGGUCCUUGCUUCCAAGAGGCUCCCUUACCCUUCCAGGGCCUUCGACAUGGCUCACUGCUCCCGGUGCCUCAUCCCGUGGGGCCAAUACGAUGGCAUGUACCUUAUGGAGGUUGAUCGGGUUCUGCGGCCGGGAGGGUACUGGAUCCUGUCGGGGCCGCCCAUAAACUGGGAGAGGCACUGGAAAGGGUGGGAGAGGACGCCGGAUGAUCUCAAGUCGGAGCAGGCUAAGAUUGAAAGCGUGGCGAAGAGCUUGUGCUGGAAGAAACUGACCCAGAAGGGUGACAUUGCUAUUUGGCAGAAGCCUACUAACCAUGUCCACUGCAAGGCCAGCCGGAAGGUCUUCAAGUUUCCUCCCUUCUGCCCUGCUCAAGAUCCCAAUAUCGCCUGGUACACCCCGAUGGGGACAUGCCUGACCCAGCUCCCGGAAGUGUCCGACAUUAAAGAAGUUGCAGGCGGAGAGCUGGCAAAGUGGCCUGAGAGGCUGAACACCGUGCCCCCGAGGAUAAGGAAUGGAGGAGUCGAGGGAGUCACGGCAGAGACGUUUAAAGAGAAUACGGAGCUGUGGAAGAAGAGAGUCGCGCACUACAAGACCCUCGACUACCAGUUUGCAGAAAGGGGAAGGUACAGGAACUUGCUGGACAUGAACGCUUUCCUCGGAGGUUUCGCAGCCGCCCUUGUGAGCGAUCCGGUCUGGGUCAUGAACGUUGUCCCCGUCGAGGCUAGAGCUAACACUCUUGGCGCCAUCUACGAGAGGGGUGUCAUCGGAACGUAUCAGAACUGGUGCGAGGCCAUGUCUACUUACCCGAGAACGUACGACUUCAUCCAUGCACAUGCAGUAUUUAGCCUCUACAAAGACAGGUGUAAGAUGGGAGAUAUUCUGCUGGAAAUGGACAGAAUACUGAGGCCCGAAGGCAGCAUGAUAAUCAGGGACGAUAUCGAUAUACUGGUGAGGAUUAAGAGCAUCAUCGACGGGAUGCAAUACGAUACGCGAAUCGUGGACCAUGAGAAAGGACCCCAUGAGAGGGAGAAGAUACUAUUGGCAAAUAAACUGUACUGGACAGCACCAGAGGAAAAGGCUGAAGGAACCAAAACCGGUUCCCAGAGAUAGUUUCCUGUUCUUGCUCUUCGUGGAUUUUUUUUCCCAUUUUAAAGUUAAUAUUUUUUGCCUAAUUGGAUUUCAAUUCCUUUGUACCUGCACUUUCGGUGUUCGGGUACGAAGUAUUCAUUCAUCAAGACAGAUUCUUGUAGAGACAGCUCGUAGAAUGUUCGGAACUAUCAACGGCUAUGAUUUAAUGAGGUCAGUUGUUAAGCCAAUAGAACGCAAUAUCUUCCAACCCCCAA